GCAACAUUAAACAAAAUAAAUCAUUGUCACCAUUUGUCACCAAAAAAAUUUACAGGGGCAACACUAACGCAGAGUAAUUUUUUGGGGACUGUCUAAAAUAAUACUGGAAAAAUAAAAAUUGCGCUGUAAAUAUGCUUUCUCGCAUAGCUUUGCGUUCAGUUUUGGCGCGACAGUCCGCCAGCACAGCCCUAGUGGCCCGCACCUCUGCCACAGAUGUGUCUGGUGCGCGAGAUGAGGUGAACUUCCCCAGGCCUGUGCGUGGAGAGCCCGGCAAAGUCAGACUCGGGUUCAUUCCUGAGGAAUGGUUCCAGUUCUUCCAUUCCAAGACAGGUGUAACUGGCCCAUACACUUUUGGUGUGGGGCUCAUCACAUACCUGUUCAGCAAGGAGAUCUACGUCAUGGAGCAUGAGUACUACACCGGGCUCUCCAUCUUCCUCAUUGUCUACUACGGCACCAAGAAGAUGGGCCCACAAGUGGCUGCGUGGCUCGACAAAGAAGUUGAUUCUGUAGAGAAAUCCUGGAACGAGGGAAGACUGCAGACAGUGAAGGCCCUAGAAGACGCCAUUGCCAAUGAGAAGGACUCCCAGUGGAGGGCGCAGGGCCAGGAGCUGCUGAUCGAGGCCAAGAAGGAGAAUGUCCUGCUGCAGCUGGAGGCUGCUUACAGAGAGCGCCUGAUGAAUGCUUACCAAGAGGUCAAACGCCGCUUGGACUACCAACUCGAGAAGGCUGCCCUGGAGCGCCGCAUAUCCCAGAAGAAUAUGGUGGACUGGAUCGUGGCCAACGUCACCAAGGCCAUCACCCCCGACCAGGAGAAGCAGACCCUCGACCGCUGCAUCGCCGACCUGGGCGCUCUCGCCGCCAGAAAGUGAACUUAGGAUAUCUAUUUAUUAACUAUCUUGUACAAUUUAUGUUAUUGAAGUGAGAUAAAGCCUCGUCUAGUUA